CGACUCCUCAAAUCUUCCCAACUCAACAUUCUGCCUCCAAUUUAAAGUCAGCAAGAUGUUCAAAAAAAAUCCAGACAAGCGUGUCUCAAAUCAGCGGAUCCUUUCAAAACUUGCGAUCUCCAACGACAAAUUCUACAACAGCGCCAGACAAUUUAUCAGAGACCUUCACUCCUUCAACAACGAUGAGAAAGCAAGGUCCAGAUUUGCGGAGACGGGACAUGAAUUUUAGAUUGGGCCGCCUUACUUUACUCCCACCGAGCGAGACGCAAUACUGGAACUGGAAC